AUGGCUCUUGCUUAUUUGUCUUGGGAACAGAUUUUUUUGGAAGAAAGAGUUCUAAUAAUUGGAAGACGUUUAGAAAGAAGAAUACUUAGGGAUAGUCAAAAUCCUUUUGAAUUACCAAAAUAUGAUGAAUUCAUGGGUGCAUUUUGUUUGAACCAACAAUUGGUUAUAAAUAUAAUUGAUGCAUUGAGGACAUCAUUACAGCAUAAAAGAACAUCUGGUUUAUCUCCUGAAUUACAAGUAUUAGUUAGUCUUCAUUUUUAUGCACAAGGGAGUUACCAAAAAGGAUUAGGUGGUAAUAGUAUAUUAAAUAUUAGCCAACCUUCAGUUAGUCGAUGCAUACAUUAUGUUACUGAAGCUAUAAAUCAGCGUCUGUUAUGA